AGAAGAAGCAGACCUGCCUGUGACAUUCACUGCUCUCAUGUCGGUGUCAUCUGUACAUUCCUAAAUAUCUCAAAAUGAACAUUAUGCUGUCCUCAUUUUCCCGACUGCGUGGUCUAACUCACGUGCGUAGCAUUCCCACAGCAGACCUAACUGGAACCUCUUACCUUAGAUCGUUCAGCAGCUGGAUUGGUCCUGGAGCAGCUGCUAGACCACAGGUUUUCAAAGCUUCAGAUACAAUUUCUUCACAAGCUGAAGGUUCAGGAGUGUUUCAGCAGGUUCCCUGGCAGUACCAGCAGGUACGGACCCGGAAAAGAGGCACAGAGUAUCAGCCCAAAAACAUCAAACGAAAGAGAACCCACGGCUGGAUCAAAAGGAUCAGCUCACAAGGAGGCAUCGAAGUGAUUCUGCGGCGUAUGUUGAAAGGACGGAAAUCGCUCACACACUGAAAGUUCCCAAUGAAGAUUUGACUUUAAAGAAAAAGACCUUGGUUCUUAUAUUUUGCAGGUGCUCAGCAUGAAGCAAAGAACUUGUGUAUUGGGUUAACUGGUGUGAUACUGGGUGUAGUCUGGGACUGGCAGUUCCACAGUAUUGGUCUUGAGAGUGUAAAUGUGCCCUGUAAUUUUGCCCACCCACUCUGGUCAGGGCGGUUUUGGUCAAAGUCAUUACAUGUUAGCACAUUUGUGUGACUUCAUUUCUUUUUCUUUUUGAGUAAACAUUGUUGACUUAAAGAAAAAAUGUUCCUAUAAUAAAAUUCUUUUCCAGAAUCA